AGAGGGUUUCCAUCGGACGGGGAAGCCCAAUUUCAAACCCGAUUAAAUUGAGAAGAAACGGGUCGAAGCCCAAACGGAGCUAUAAAGCAUCCGUCGUCUUCCUUUGUUCGCGAGUUCACAGAGCGAGAAUGGCUCAGAUUCCUAAUCUGGAGAACGCACCGAUCAAUCUCACCUCGAUAAGAGAUCAGUCUCAGAAGGAGCUUAUUAACAUCCUGAAAAAUAUUCGAGGCAAGAAGUGUUUGGUCAUUGAUCCAAAGCUUGGAGGGUCUCUCUCUUUGAUUGUCCAGACCUCCCUCCUCAAGGAGCAUGGGGUUGAAUUGCGUCAUCUUGCUGCAGAUCCACUUCAGACUGAAUGCACCAAAGUGGUUUACCUCGUCAGAGCUCAAAUUGAUUUGAUGAAGGUGAUUUGCUCGCAUGUUCAUAAUGACAUCUCUAAAGGACUUCAAAGAGAAUAUUUUGUCUACUUUGUUCCUCGUCGUACAGUUGCGUGCGAGAAGAUACUGGAAGAGGAAAAAGUUCACAAUUUUAUGACUAUUGCGGAGUAUCCAUUAUAUGUAGUGCCUUUGGAUGAGGAUGUAUUAUCAUUUGAACUUGACUUCGCCUUUAAAGAUUGCACAGUUGAUGGUGAUACGAGCUCUCUCUGGCAUAUAGCAAAAUCAAUUCACAAGCUUGAGUUUUCUUUUGGACUGAUACCAAAUGUGAGGGCUAAAGGCAAGGCAUCAGUACGAGUUGCUGACAUUCUGAAUCGGAUGCAAGCAGAAGAGCCUGUUAACUCCGAUAUGGGCGCUCCUGAGAUAAAUACCCUCAUCCUUCUGGACAGAGAGGUGGACAUGAUUACUCCUAUGUGCUCCCAGUUAACAUACGAGGGUCUGUUGGAUGAGUUUCUUCAUGUCAAUAAUAGUGCGGUGGAGCUAGAUUCAUCUAUCAUGGGCACUCAGCAAGAGGGGAAAAAGAUCAAAGUUCCACUUAACUCAAGUGACAAACUGUUCAGAGAGAUAAGGGAUCUUAACUUUGAAGUUGUUGUUCAGGUUCUACGUCAAAAGGCAACAUCCAUGAAGCAGGACUACACAGAGAUGACGACUACAACUCAGAGUGUAUCUGAACUAAAGGACUUCGUCAAAAAGCUGAAUUCACUACCAGAAAUGACUAGGCACAUAAAUCUUGCUCAGCAUUUGUCCACGUUUACAUCAAAACCUUCAUUUCUUGGACGACUUGAUAUGGAACACACAAUGGUGGAGGCUCAGAGCUAUGAUAUAUGCUUUGAGUACAUUGAAGAAAUGAUUCACAAACAGGAACCUCUUGUCAAUGUCCUACGGAUGCUUAUCUUAUUUUCUGUCACAAAUGCGGGGUUGCCCAAAAAGAAUUUUGACUACUUGAGGCGAGAGCUACUUCAUAGCUAUGGUUUUGAGCAUAUGGCUACUUUAAAUAAUUUGGAAAAAGCUGGAUGGCUUAGAAAACAGGAGUCAAAAAGCAAUUGGCUAAUGAUCAAACGUGCUCUGCAACUUGUAGUUGACGAUACUGACACAGCCAACCCAAAUGAUAUUUCUUAUGUCUUCUCUGGAUAUGCACCUCUCAGUAUUCGCCUUGUUCAGCAAGCUAUUCGAUCAGGAUGGCGCCCUGUUGAAGAAAUACUGAAGCUGUUGCCUGGACCUCAUUCAGAGGCAAAACGGAGUGGGUUUGCAAACAGUCCAUCUUUUGACACACUGCCGGGGGCUGUUCCCAAUAUGGACAGAGUAGGUGAUGGAAGGCGUGCCCUAGUCCUAGUUGUUUUCAUUGGAGGGGUAACUUUUGCAGAGAUUUCUGCACUGCGGUUUCUCAGUGCUCAGGAGGGAAUGGCCUAUGACUUGAUUGUUGGCACAACAAAAGUCAUCAACGGCAACACCUUAACUGAAACAUUUAUCGAAAACUUGGGAUGAGUCGCAAAGAUUUGUCUUCUGUCGAGGAAUUUUCCCCCUGCUCCUUAACAGCUCGGUUCUGAAGAUUUAGACAGCUGCUAUUUCUGCUCGUCUGCUGCGCGACAUUAAUGUCUUGUUUCUUCCACUGUUAUCUUUUACUAGUGUUGUUGUACAAAACGCAAUGGUGGCUCCUUUUUUCCUUCGAAGGGGAUGGGAAUGGGAUGCCCUCUCUGCACUCUUGUAUAUGUUUUGGUUUGGUUUGGUUUGAAGGGAUGGUGUUGUUUCAACUUUAUUUAGUGAAGUGGCGAUGUGAUAGUUGAAAUGUCUUAAAGUAGAUGUUUUAGGGUCUGGUGACAACAUCCUGAGUCAUCUUUUACUCAGAUUAGCAGCCAAUAGGAGAAGUGUGGCAUGAAGUGGACACAUACAACAGAAAAAAUCAAUGGUUGGUUCUUUUAUGUUGUUUUUAA